AUGGAGCGACAAACCCGUCGACGUCGGAGACCCGCCCUGUCAUGUCUCGAAUGCAGGCGUCGCAAAAUCAAGUGUGACCGAGAAGAGCCUUGCGGGCAUUGCACCACAUCGAAACUCAGUUGUACUUAUCGAAUUCACAGAGGUGAUUCGGUGGCUCGGACAUUUGUGCGACAAGCUGUUCAACCAACGCAGUCGGCUCACAUGAUUUCGCCCCUGUCACAGGCUCAGACCAUGGUUCCGGCGCAAGAGCAUACGAACAACACCAACCUUGCUUCUGAGCCUGGAAUGGUGCAUUUGAAUCUUUACGAGCAGGGUGUUCAUGAUGAUGUUAGCGAAGAUGUCGUCGUCUCGGAAAAUCUUGCUCAAACUGCCGAGCCCGCUCUCCGAGAUCUCUUACACCGUGUACAGAGACUGGAAGAGGCGUCUACAGACCCGACACAACCAAGAAGAUCUGAAGCCCGUCAGAAUACCAUGAGCAAGAAUGCAGAUUCACGCGUAAUGUUAAAGAAAACAAGGGUCUGGAGAUGGAGUGAUUGGAUGGGCGAAGCUUCCGAGUUUGACAGAUUGUUCGACUGCUACACGAGUUACGUCAAGGCUGCUGCGAAUGAAGUCGACGUAUCAUUUCCAGAUGCCGAGACUAAGGCUUUGGCCAUAGAGGCCGGGACUCUACUCAGAAACUGCAAAGACCUGGCGAGGAGCAUCAAAAGUUGGCGGCCCAGUAGAAGUCUUGGCAAUACUGGAGUCAACCUUGCUGCUCCGUCUCGCGAGGUAGCUGAUAUAAUGCUAGGCCAUUACUUGGAUUCGUUCGAAUCAACUUACCGUAUUUUACACAAACCGACCUUUAGAGUGGAGUAUCUGCGGUUUUGGGACGAUCCAUCCGGAGUCAAGAAUGAUCUGCGCCUGAAGAUACUUCUGGUUAUCGCGAUUGGAUCAAGUCUACAUAACCCCGAAGAAGUCGAACCUGGGUUCCAGCGUCUCGUUCGCCAAUGGAUAUACACUGCUCAGGCUUGGCUUUCCGGUCCUCUGGAGAAGGACCGACUGGGUAUCAACGGCAUCCAGAUCCACUGCCUGACUAUAUUGGCGCGGCAAAUCUUUUCGAUCGGAGGCGAUCUAGUCUGGAUUUCCAUGGGAACCCUGUUACACACAGCCAUGCAAAUUGGCUUACACCGUGAUCCAAUCCAUCUAUCGCCCAUGUCGACAUUACAAGCAGAAAUCCGAAGGAGACUUUGGACGACGAUUUUAGAACUGGUAGUCCAGGCAUCCUUAGACACAGCGAUGCCUCCUAGGAUCUCUUUCGAAGAGUUUGAUACUAGGCCUCCUUCGAAUGUCAACGAUCACGAACUAGAAGAGUCACAAACGGAGCUACAGUCACGUCCAAGGAGCACUUAUACGGAUAUGUCAUUACACCUCCAACUGAGAGACUCUCUGCUAAGUCGACUUCGGAUUGUUCAACUGCUCAACGGGCUACACCAUGAGAUGUCAUAUCACGUCGCACUGGAGUUGAGCUCAGACAUUUCCGAAGCCUGCAGGACCAACAUUCACUUCAUGAGGCAGCACGAGCGGGCCGGAGUCACGGUUUUCCACCGCAAUCUGCUCGAUUUCCUCGUGCGCCGCUUCAUGAUUCCUCUUCACUGCCCGUUCGCGAGCCAAGUGCAGACAAAUCCUCUCUUCCAGUACUCGAAAAAAAUCACUCUGGACGCCACAAUAAUGAUUCUGUCGCCUGAACCGGACGACAAGUUUUCUCGUCUCUUUAGAAUCGCCGGGGGCAUGUUCCGCGAGGGCUACAGGUACGCCCUUGCUACCAUCAGCCACGAGUUCAUCGCUCAAGCAGAGGCUCACCGUCUUGACGGAACGCUUCAGCGCAAUUUCCAGCAGAGACAAUUCCUGAAGAAAGCAAUGAUGGACUUGAUAGAUGUGUCUGCAGACAGAGUCAGGCAUGGAGGCGAGACAAACAUCAAGGGUCACAUGUUCCUUGGGAUGAUUAUGGCACAAAUCGAAGCCAUGGAAAUGGGAAUCCCAGGAGACCUGGAGAUUGCAAAGAGCGCCAAAGACAGUCUAGAAUUCUGCCACAGCUUGCUUCAAGAACAGGCAAGCACUGUGACGCCAUGCUCGACGGGCGAAGCAGCCUUUGGAUCCUCUGGACUUGAGCCCGAACAGGGAGGUUUUGGAUUUGACUGGGAUUUUGACUUUUUACUCCCUGAAGUAGAUUUUUAG